AUGGAUACCACAACAGCUGAGACGAGUAGUACAGGAGCAGAGGGAGCUGCAUAUCAGCUGUUGACGACGACGGCGACGGCGGCGGCGGAGGAGAAAAAGAAAACGAAGGUGUUGGUGGCUAUGGAUGAGAGUGAUGGAAGUUUCUAUGCACUUAAGUGGGCACUUGAUCACUUUUUCUGUUAUCCUAUUCAGCGUGAUCAGGAGCCUAGCAUGAUCACUUUGGUCCAUGUUCAGCCAAUCUUCCAACCCUUCAUUUACCCUGCUGGACCAGUGGUCUAUGCCACGCCUGCCAUGUUGGAUGCUGUUAAGCAAGCCCAAGCACAAAAUGCUGCUUCUAUACUCUCUCGUGCUUUGCAUGUGUGCAGAGAAAAGAAGAUCAAAGCAGAAACUUUAAUUCUUGAAGGAGAUCUGAAGGAUAGGAUUUGUCAAGCUGCAGAACAAUUACAUGUUGAUCUUUUAGUCAUUGGUAGCCGUGGGCUUGGCACAUUCAAACGGGCUUUCCUCGGAAGCGCUAGCAAUUAUUGUGCUCAUCACGUCCAGUGUCCCAUUCUCAUUGUGAAGCCUCCGCCUCCAAGUAAAGAACCUCACUCGGAAUAA